AUGAUAGAUCCGUACGAUGCGGAUGUGGAACGUGGACCGGAGAAGGCGCCGUUGCGCCAAGUCCUCUCGAGCCUCCAUUAUGUCUACCCGGCCCUCGUUUUCCUUUACUACAUGGCCACCUCCACCGUGGCCGUAUGCACGCUACAGACCAGGUCCUCGGAACAAGCCCACCCGCGUCGACGUCCAAUCACGUGGCUGUUCGCCUUGAUAAUCAUCACCUACCUCGCCCAACUGCUCGCGCUAGGCAUCCGGAGCGCCGUACAACAUAUUUUCCCGUUUGCUGAGCAGGAUGUUGUCAUCGGCCUCAUGUCAUGCGUUCUGUCGUUCGGGGUUGUCUUUGCGAGGCUGUUCGAGGAAGCUAAACCGGUCUGGUAUCCGUACAUUGGAACGUUCGGGAUCGCACUUGGCCUGGAGCCGGCCUUGGGGGCAUUGAGUUGGGUGGUUCGUCCCACGGAGCCUUUCAAAUUUACGGACUACUUUGAUAUCGCUGCCUUCGCCGUCAGGUACCUUUCGAUCAUCCUAGCCUUGUUCUUGUACUUUUUUGGAGCCCACAGCUCCCAGACCGAGACAGGCACGGAUUCCGAACGUCAAAGCCUGCUCAAGGCGAACGGUCACGCCAGUCACGACUCCGACUCGGAGGAGCGAAGUGAUUCCGCUCAGGAGAACGGCAGCUAUGGAACUAGUUCGGAAAGCUCAACCGAUAGCAACCAGUCCUCCGAUACGGAGGACGAUGAGAAUCCGUACGCAAAACGCCAACGCCAAGCCAGCGAGCAAAUGGAGAAGAGGCUCAAGGAGAAAGGGAACUGGGUCACUUACGCCAAAAGUUUCAAGGUUUUCUUCCCGUACGUUUGGCCCGUCAACCACACCUCGCUCCAAAUCCGCGUUGUGCUUGUGGGGUUCUGUCUUCUCGCCAUGAACUUUAUUAAUGUCCUCAUACCUCGCCAACUGGGUAUCAUCAUGGACAGCCUCGCUGGUACAAAUGGUAAGAAUCCUUGGCGUGAAGUCCUCUUUUUUGCCGGCCUCAAACUGGUAGCCUCAGAGGCCGGUAUAUCCCUUUUGCGCCAGUGGCUUUGGAUCCCCGUCGAGUAUUAUUCUUUUGGCGCAAUCAGCACGGCAGCAUACUCGCACGUCCUCAACCUAUCUUCCGACUUCCACGACUCCAAAAGUUCCUCCGACAUCAUGAUGGCGAUAUCUUACGGUCAGAGCAUUUCCAACAUUCUCGAGUCUGUAUGCUUUCGGGCGGUGCCGAUGCUUAUCGACAUGUCCAUUGCGUUUGUCUAUCUCUCGGCAACCUUUGGCCCGUACGAAGGAUUUAUCACCAUUGCAACCGCAGCGGUCUUCUUGUACGUUGCCACUAGAAUGAUUGCAGCGCUCUCUUCGGCACGGAGGAAUGAGGUUGGCGCCUGGUACAAGGAGCAUUACGUCCGCCAGGCUGGCAUCCAGGGCUGGUCCACCGUUGCCAGCUUCAACCAGAUCAGCCACGAGGAGGAUCGUUACUCGGCCGCGGUCGAUGACCGUGUGGCUAAGACGCAGAAGGUUUACUUUGGCUACGUCCUCGCAUAUGCCUUUCAGGUUCUCGUGCUCCUGUCUGGGCUUCUGGCUGGCGCCUUCCUAGCGGUCUACCAGGUCACCCACAAGCAAGCCACACCAGGCGACUUCAUCAUGCUACUUACGUAUUGGGCCCAGUUGGUUUCCCCUCUUAACUUCUUUGCCAGCCUUGGCAAGAGCAUCUCGAAGGAUCUCCUCCAAGCCGAGCAACUUCUCGAGAUCAUGCAAACCAAACCAAGUGUGCUCAGCAAGGAGGGCGCGCCACCCCUGCAGUUCACCGACGGUGAAGUUAGCUUCGAUGGGGUCCAUUUCUCAUAUGAUAAAAAGAAGGAGAUUUUGAAGGACAUCACUUUCACCGCCACCCCCGGCAUGACGAUUGCCUUUGUUGGUGCCACGGGUGCUGGAAAGUCAACCAUUCUCAAGCUCUUAGAUCGCUUCUAUGAUGUCACAAAAGGAUCGAUCAAAAUUGAUGGACAAGAUAUUCGGGACGUUGAUCUCUACAGUCUUCGAGCACAAAUCGGGGUUGUGCCCCAGGCCCCCGUAUUAUUCGACGACACUAUUAUGAAUAACGUGCGGUAUGCAAAACUUACCGCGACUGACGAGGAGAUUUACGAGGCGUGCAAAGCUGCUAGUAUUCACGAGCAGAUUUUGACAUUUUCCGAUGGCUAUCAAACCAAGGUUGGCGAACGCGGUGUCAAGCUUUCUGGCGGCGAACUGCAAAGGGUUGCGAUUGCUCGGGCCAUUCUGAAGCGACCAUCAAUUGUGCUCCUCGACGAGGCAACCAGUGCCGUUGACACGGAGACUGAGCAAAGGAUCCAGGAGGCCCUACACACACUUUGUGAAGGGCGAACGACGUUUAUUGUGGCUCAUCGUCUAUCCACUAUCAUGAAUGCCGACCGCAUCAUCGUUGUUACCGGAGGAGAAGUGGUUGAACAAGGUAGCCAUGAGGAUUUGAUCCGGGCAGAUGGGAAGUAUGCGGAGCUGUGGUCGAAGCAGAUCUUUGUGAAACCCAAAGAUAAGAAGCCGGAUACCGAGACUGGGUCCAAAGGCAAGGGGCGGAAGGCGCCUAACAUUGUGAAUGACCUGAGCGCAGAGGCCACCAGCUCAGAGCUCGCCAAAGUCAAGUCAAAUCCCCCAGCCUACGGCCAGGCAAACGGCCAUGCCGGGGAGUCUGACGGCGCUGCGGACAGCAAGAACCCAACGACACCGGGACAUAAGAAAGAGAUUUCCCAACUGAACCCGGGCGCUGCAACAUUUACACCACGAACUGCGGCAGGUAUUUCGUUCUCAGCGGCUACAUCGGGUCGGACCAGGCGGAACACCCACUCGAUAGACGGCUUAUUUGACAGACAAGAGGCGAACCCGCUUCCCGUUCCAGCUGCGCCACCGCCAACGCCCCAGCAUGUGCAAUACUAUACCGCCACACCAUUCGUAAUGAUGCCGACGUCUUACACGCCGAUGUAUACCCAGUUCCACCCGGCGCUCUCCCAACCCGUCAUCCCCGUAUCAAGGGGGACGGGUGCAAGAUUUGACACCAGUAGUUCUACCACCGGCAAAGCCGACGAAAACUCUAGACCAAAAAGGGCUUCGAUCGUUUGGGUGGAGGCAUCAAAGGACCGGUCAUCUUGUUCUCGUGCCUCCGGAACGGGCGGUCAAGACGAGGGGGAGGGUGUGAGGUAUCCGCGGUAUUCGAGGAGAGUGCAGUCAAAGAGUGAGCCGGGUAUGCUGGGCUUGAGGAGGGUGGGAACAUUGUCGCCUGGCUCGGAGGAAGGGACGUUAACGGGGAGUUGA